CUUUCAGUUCCAUCCUGCGACUCGGAAGCGAAGCACGCGUCUCUUGAUUUAUGGUGCGCGGUCAGUUCUGGCUAGAUUCAGAUUCAGUACUACCGAGUGCCAAGUGUUCCGUAGGCCUAAUGAGCCCCUUUGCGUGUUAAUGGCGAAUUAAUGACCGGCGAUUAAAAUGCAAUAAUCGCCUGCAUAGUACCCUAUGAAUGAGCCUCUGUGGUUCGCUUACUUUCCAGUGAAACAGUGCUGUCUAUAGUAUAUAGUUCUGAGAUCUACAGAGUUCCCUUCGUAAUAACAUAGACAUUGUGCCCCGAAAAUGUUGUGCAAAACUUCAACCGCAGAAGAUUAAAAAGAAACAGUGCGACAAAACGGAAAAAGGGAAACCUUCAACGAAUCAAAAAAAAAAAAAAACACUUUCAUUGCUCCCCAGGCAGAGCUUAGUAGAGAGUGCUUCCCGGGUCUAAUUUGACGGAAUCGUUAGUUGACCAGACACCCCGACAUCUCCUGUCCACCGCACCGCGUUUUGCAGGGGGAUCGCGUGACGAGAGUACAACGAUAAUAACAAUAAACUUGCGGAUAACAACUACAGAAACAGCAGUAUAAUGUCCGCCCGCCCGACAUCGUUGUCCCCCCCGUUGGCUACGGCAUUGGCAUCAUCCUUGCUCCCGGCCAGAGCCAAUUUCGGAUUACUCAACUGGCUCAUCAGUUGGCUGCUGCUGUCGAUGGUGCUGCUUAGAGGCUACAGUGCUGCGAUUGCCCCCACGCCGCCCACGACCACGACCACUACCAUCUCGCCCUCGAAUCUGCUGCCCUACUUCGACUUUGACGUGCCGCGCAACUUGACCGUAACCGUCGGCCAGACCGGCUUCCUCCACUGCCGCGUGGAGCGGCUGGGCGAUAAGGACGUCUCCUGGAUACGAAAACGUGAUCUGCAUAUACUCACCGCCGGCGGCGCCACCUACACAUCCGAUCAGCGUUUCCAGGUGCUGCGACCCGAUGGCUCGGCCAAUUGGACACUGCAAAUAAAGUAUCCCCAGCCGCGUGAUUCGGGGGUGUACGAGUGCCAAAUCAACACAGAGCCCAAGAUGUCCUUGUCGUACACCUUCAAUGUUGUGGAACUCAAGGCGGAAAUCUUCGGGCCCAGCGAUCUGAUGGUGAAGACAGGCAGCGACAUUAACCUAACCUGUAAAAUUAUGCAGGGACCCCAUGAGCUGGGCAACAUAUUCUGGUACAAAGGCACCGAAAUGCUCGAUGGCAAGGGCGAAAAUGAAAUCGACAGCUCCAUGGCCCGCAUCCGCGUCGAGGAUGAUUGGUCGGACGGCCUGACUUCGAGAUUAAAAAUCAAGCACGCCAUGCUCGGCGAUACUGGCAACUACACCUGUGUGCCCACGGUGGCGAAAACCUCGAGCGUCUAUGUGCACGUAAUUAUUGGCGAACACCCGGCGGCUAUGCAACACAACUCGAGCAGCAACAGCAACAGCUUCUACUGCGGCAUCUGCUGCAUGCUGCUUAGCAUUGUCUCCUGCUGCCUGCAGCAGUGGUAUGAGUCCGGGAGUGGAUGCGUCUCUACAACGGCAAACACAGGUACGGUUAUGGCGCUCAAGUUCCCCCGGCGUACAGCGCUGAAAACAAGAGGAGCACUAGGAGUCACGGCGCAAACUGAAACAGGAGCAGCGGUAGCUGCAGCUGCAGCAACGGGAAAUAUGUUGCGCGUACGCCCCGCGGCUGAUCAGUGCAUGAGAUGAAGGAAUAAUCAACACGCCGAUGAGGCAAAACAGGAAUCAGCAGAACACUAUUAAGGCAAACACACAUACCUACACCAGGCCCACAUUCAAGGUGAUUUAAGUUUGGUUUGGGGGCGAGGUCAGGUCUGUGUUGGCUCACGAAAAAGUAUUUAUUAAUGUCUAAGAUGAUGAGUGCACGUAGUGGAAAAGAAAACAUAUUAUCCGAUAACAUACAAAGGGAAAGGAAAAGCGAAGGGUAGGGCAAAGAAGCCAAAGGCUGAGGAAACCUGAGCCUGAGCCUGACCCUGAGCCCAGCGUCUGGCACGAGGAAAACCUAUGCAUUUUCCGUGGAUUAUCAUAAUCUAGUUUAAUGUUUACAGAGAAUAAACAAGAGUCGAUGUAAUACUUAUUAAUCUUUGUGUGAUUUGUGAUGAUUUUGUUGGCAAGUGAUCGAUAUCCGCAACGGUAUCGAUAAUUCAUAUUCGACUAAGGCAUCGAUACCGAUAGACAGUAAUAAAUACCAAUAUAAAAUGUCACAUAAUAAAUUAGAGAAAAAUCCAUUUAAAAUUUCUGAAAAUUUGUUUUUGUUGUCCCUUUUCGAUUACCGUUAAUCAGCUACCGAUAAGCUGAUCGAUGAAUGUUAGUAUUUGCCGAGUAUCUAAAUGUGAUUUGUUCUUACAUUGAUUGAAGCGAAUUAAUAACCGACGAACCUAAUCGUUAGCGUAUAAUUAUAAUCAGCACUGGAUAAAAGAUCAACAAUUACUGAUUACAGACCAUCGAUAGCUGUUCCGAUUGCGAUCACUGCUAACAGAUCAUCGAUGGCACACCCAUAGCUAAGCUUUCCUACACACACUCUCAUUACGAAAUAAGACUUACUAGCUAUUAAUAUGCUUCGAACCCGAACCCGAACCAGAACACAAGCCCUAACCCCUCCGCGUAGAGCUCUUCCGUUGAGCCUCCACCUCCUUCUAUGGAAUCCUUAACUGCCAAUAAACCCACACUGGACGCGUACCGUAUACACACUUCUGUAGACCACGGCACCAAGCUAACCGAUUGAAAUAUGCUGUAAAUAAUUGCCAUUCCAGAGAGUUACUCAAGAGUACUUCAAAGCAACACUCAUCCGAUUAUUUCGUUUUCAAAUAUUUCUCUCAGUUGCUUUGCACAUUUAUCAGUUUUAGGUAUUAGCUAUGGAUAAGUACUCGUAAUCGUAUGAGCAUGUAUUGUAUGUGUGUGUGUGUAUAGCCGGUAAGCCGAUAAGCCACGAGUGGGAAAACAUUUAACUCCACUCGUCCAGCAGUCGAACAUUAUGCGUAAACGCCUUGUUGAUGACGGACCCAAUUGGCGUAGAGACUCGUUUAAUUGUAUAUAAUUAGUUUUGGAUGAAAUAGGAAGAGAAUGAAACAA